CGACGCGCGGUUACCGACAGCACAGCUGAGCUGUUUUGCUUCGCCACUCGAGCCACGACUUGCCACAUUCACGUCUCAGCAUCAGUAGUUAAAGGUUCGAGACGCGUGGAGGUGCAAACGCCUGGUCAAAACUGCCGAAGCCAUGGUGCUCGGGUUUGGGACCGGCGAACGGUUCCUUGGGCCAAAAGAAGUAACACCCGGGCCAGGCGCCUAUGACCCCAAGGAUUUGGAGACCAAGCUGCCUCCUAAAAGUGGAUUCCUAACCGGCGAGAGGUUUCAAUCUGGAGAAAUUGAACCUGGUGAGGAGCGCGAGCCUUCGCCGCCCCGCGACCGUAAGCCCGUGCAGCCCGGCAACGACCGGAAGUUCUCGUGGGCGACGCAGCGCAUCCAUGAGCUCACAAAGGACCUGGACGCGGCGCAGAAGCGCAUGAAGGAACUGGAGAAGGCGCUGAGGGAGUGCCAGCAGCGGCUCCAAGCGGCCGAGAAGGACCUGCAGGGAGCGCAGGAGCGCAAGGCGCAGCUGCAGGCCAGGGUGACGGAGCAGGAUGCCGAGAUGGCGGCGCUGCGCAAGGAGCUGGCGGCGGCGGCGGCGCGGCUGAGCGAGCUGGCGGCGCGCGAGGAGGCGGCAAGCCGGGCGGCGGCGGACAGCGGCGCGCGCGUGGAGCGACUGGCUGCGGAGCUGAAGCAGGCCGUGGAGUCGCGCGAGGUGCUGGCCAAGCAGCACGCCGGCCUGCAGGCGGAGACGGAGUCAAGCCGGCGCGGCACAGAGGCGCUACGCGCCGAGCUGGCUGCGGCGCAGCAGCAGCUGGCGGCCAGCAGCGACGAGGGCGCGGAGCUGCGGCGGCAGGUGGUGACGCUGCAGGCGGCGGCGGCGGACGGCGCCGCGCAGCUGGCGUCGGUGUCGGCGUCACGCGCCGCCCUGCAGUCGCAGCUGCAGGCCGCGGAGGCCGGCCUGGCAUCCACCCAGUCCGAGCUGCAGGCGGCGCGGGCGUCGGUGGAGGCGCUGACUGCCAGUGUGGCGGCCGGCGGCGCCGAGGCGGCGCGGCUGCGGGGCGAGCUGGCGGCGGCGCGCGCCGAGUCGGACACGCGCGGCGAGCGGCUGGCGGCGGUGGGCGCGCAGCUGGCGGCGGCGCAGGCGCAGGUGGCGGCGCUGUCUUCGGAGGUGAUGACUAAGGAGGCGUCGGUGGAGGCGCUGAGCACGCGCAUGGCGGCGCAGAUGUCGGAGGUGUUGGAGCUCAAGAUGGGCCACAGCAGCCUCAGUGCCGAGCUGGUGGACAGGCAGGGCGAGCUGGCUCGCCUGAGGCAGGAGCUGGAGGGUAGGGAGGCGCAGCUGGCGGCUUCGAGGGAGGAGGCAGCGGCGCGUGCGACUGAGCUGGUUGCCCUUAAGGAGGAGCUGGGCGCGCGGCAGGGCGAGCUGGCCGGCCUGCGGCAGGAGCUGGAGGGCAAGGAGGCGGAGCUGGCGGCCUCGAGGGAGGAGGGCGAGGCGCGUGCAGCUGAGGUAGCUGCGGUGAAGGCAGGGCUGGCGGGUAGGGAGGAGGAGCUGGCGGCAGUGAGCGCUGAGCUGGCGGGUAGAGAGUCAGAGCUGGCGGCUGAGCGGAAGGCGGCACAGGGCCUGCAGCAGCAGCUGGCGGCGGCUCGGCAGGACAUCGCACAGCAGGAGCAGGCCCUUGCCGAGGCGGGUGAGGCGGCGGCGGGUCUGGAGUGUCGGCUGGAGGAGCUGGGUGGCGAGCUGGAGGCGGAGAAGGCGGUGGCCAAGGGACUGCGAGAGCAGCUGGCGGCGCGCCGGGCCGAGCUGGAGGCGGCGGCGGGCCGCGAGGCGGCGCUGGCUGUAGCCAAGGCGGAGCUGGCGGGAGCCCUGGCGGCCAAGGGCGACGCGUGCGAAGCCCAGGCAGUCGCUAUUGCGGGGCUGCAGGGCCAGGUGGCGGCGCUGGAGCAGACCGUGGCGGCGCAGGCGGCGGCGGCGGCGGCGCUGACCGCCCAGCUGGAGGGCGUGGCCGUGGAGCUGGCGGCGGCGCAGGCGCAGCUGUCCGUGCGCGCCGCCGAGGUGGCCGGCCUGCAGGGGGAGGUGGCGUCACUCACGGAGGCGGUGGCGGCGCGUGAUGGCACCAUUUCCCAGCAGCAGGCGACGAUUGCGGAGCGCGAGAGCGCUAUCUCCCAGCAGCAAGCGACGAUUGAGGAGCGCGAGAGCAAAAUCUCCCAGCAGCAGGCGACGAUUGUGGAGCGCGAGAGCGCUAUCACCGGCCUGCACGGUGAGGUGGCGUCGCUGACGGAGGCCGUGGCGGUGCGUGAUGGCACCAUUUCCCAGCAGCAGGCGACGAUUGAGGAGCGCGAGAGCGCUAUCACCGGCCUCCAGGGUGAGGUGGCGUCCCUGACGGAGGCCGCGGCGGCGCGUGAUGGCACCAUUUCCCAGCAGCAGGCGACGAUACAGGAGCGCGAGAGCACCAUUUCCCAGCAGCAGGCGACGAUUGAGGAGCGCGAGAGCGCUAUCACUGGCCUGCAGGGUGAGGUGGCGUCGCUGACGGAGGCCGUGGCGGCGCGUGAGGCUGCCAUCGGUCUGCUGCAGGCCCAGUCGGCGGCUGCUGCUGAGGCCGCGACCGCCACCGCCGCGGCCUCUACCGAGCGCAUCCGCGGCCUGGAGGCCUCCCUGCAGGCCGCAGAGGCCGCCGCCACGGGCCUCAAGGCCACCGUUGCGGAGCUGGAGGCCGCGCAGGCGGCCCUCCGCAUCGACCUCGCCACCCAGGCUGACUCGGGCGCGGCGCUUGCGGCGCAGCUGGCGGCGGCGCAGGCCGCCGUCGCCGAGGGCGCGGCACGCGAGUUGGAUCUGCGUUCUCAGCUGGGCGCCGCCGAGCAGCGGCAGCAAGGCGCGGAGGGCGCCCGGGCGGCGCUGGAGGCGCGGUGCUGUGCGCUUGAGGCGGACCUGGGCGGCGACCGCGAGGCGCUGGCUGCGCUGCGUGCAGCGCACGGGGAGCUGGGGGCUGUGGCGGAGGCGGCCAGGGAGCAGGGCGAGCGCCUGGAGGCGCAGCUGGCGGCCUCGAGGGAGGAGGGCGAGAUGCGUGCGACUGACCUGGCUGCGGUGAAGGCAGUGCUGGCGGGAAGGGAGGGCGAGCUGGCCGGUCUGCGUCAAGAGCUGGAGGGCAGGGAGGCGCAGCUGGCGGCUGUGAGCGCCGAGCUGAAGGGCAUGGAGGCGCAGCUGGCGGCAGCUCGGCAACACAUCGCACAGCGGGAGCAGGCCCUUGCCGAGGCGGAUGAGGCGGCGGCGGGUCUGGAGUGUCGGCUGGAGGAGCUGGGUGGCGAGCUGGAGGCGGAGAAGGCGGUGGCCAAGGGGCUGCGGGAGCAGCUGGCGGCGCGCCGGGCUGAGCUGGAGGCGGCGGCGGGCCGGGAGGCGGCGCUGCGCUCCCACCUGAGCUCCGUGGAGCAGCAGCUGGAGGCGGCCGGCGGCCGCUGUGCCGAACUGGAGGCCGCCGCGGCGGCUGCCGCUGCUGUGGCGGCUGCGUCAGACGUGCAGCUGAGGGAGCAGCUGGCGGGGCUGCGGGCGCAGCUGGAGGCGGCCGCCGGCAAAGCCGCGGCUGACGCGCAGGAGACGGCUGCGCAGGUGUCGGGCCUGCGGGCUGAGCUGGAGGAGUCGCGCUGCGCCGCCGCCGCCAUGGGCGCCGAGGUGGCACAGCUGGUGGGCGACCUGCAGGAGCGCGAGGGCGCCAUGGCGGAGCUGAAGCAGGCCCGGGCCGAGGCCGGCGCCGCACUGGCCGCCGCCACCGCCGAGCGCGCCGACAUGCAGACCCAGCUGGAGCAGCUGCGGCGGCAGGAGGCGGAGGCGCAGGCCCAGCUGGUGUCGGAGCGGGCCCGUGCCGCCCAGACGGAGGCGGAGGCGGAGUCCUUGCGUGGCCUGGUGGGGCGGGCGCAGGAGGAGGCGGCGGCCGCGCGCGAGGAAGCGUUCGGGCUCAUGGAGCAGCUGGACAAGGAGCGCCAGAAGCUGUCCAGCUAUGAGCUGCAGGAGCAGCAGAACGACCACCUGCGCCAGGAGCUGGAGGACACCUACGGCCGCCUGCGGGCCAGCGAGGCACGCAACGCCGAGCUGCAGAACCAGGUUGUGAACAUGGAGGGCUCCAUCGCCUCCAUGACGCCCAUCUGCUCGCGAGCCCGCCUGGACGACCAGGUCCGUGCGCUGAGCGAGGCGCUUGAGAAGCAGCACCGCCAAAACGUGGGCCUGGAGGACCAGGUGCGGCGCAAUGUGGUUCUGGGCACUACCGCGGGCCUGGAGCUGCGGCGGCUGACGGAGGAGAACGAGCACCUGGUGGCGCGGCUGCUCAAGAUGGAGGAGGACCUCAAGGAGCAGAGCGGUCUGGGCCACAACAACCACAAGCAGAAGAUCCAGUACCACCUGCGCCUCAAGCAGGAGCUGGAGGAGAUGAGGCACGAGUGCACGGUGCUGCUGCGGGACAAGUUCCAGCUGGAGCAGUGCGUCAGGUACUUGGCUGUGCAGGUGGGUAUGGGGCCGGAUGAGAACAAGAAGGCGCUGGCCACCGCCGAGCGCAAGGCCAUUGAGAAGGUGCUGCCCGCCUGCCUGGCCUCCCACGCCAUGUACUCCACGCCGCUCAGCCAGCGAGCGAUGCGGCUGUCCGCGCGCGGCAAGCACAACGAGCAGGGCACCGUAUACGGCGCGGGCGGCAAGGAGGUGUUUGAGGAGGGCAUCAGCGAGGCCCGCCGCCGCUGCAUGGACGAGCUCACCAGCUGGCGCAACGAGGCCGAGCAGGCGGCGGCCGUGGCGGCCACCACUGCGGCCGAGGCGGAGGCGGAGGAUGAGGCUGACGCCGAGGGCCAGGACGUCGCCGCUGAUGGCGGCGCCGCCAAGGCCACGGCGGCCGUGAUGAUGACGCCCGAGGCCAAGGUGCCGCAGCGCCGGCGUGUGGAUGGCGACGGCGACCGGGACACAAAUGGCGGCGCGCGCGACACCAACAGCGGCGGCGGGGUCGACGCGGCGGGCGCCUUCGGCACGCCCAUUGCCAACAUUCGCGGCGUGGGGACGCCGAUGGCUGGCGGCGGCAACUCGGUCGCUGCUGCUGCUGCCGGCAACGGCACCACCGUGCAGUCUGUGGCCAAGCUGGAGGAGCGCAUCCUGUCCAUGAUACAGGACGUGUGCGCGCCCAGCAGCGCCCGCAACGCCACGGCCGGCGGCGGCUCCGGCGCCUCCGUCAGCACCGGUCUGGCCGGCCUGAGCUUGUACGGCGGCGGCGGCAGUGCCGGCGGCGCGCCGGACCUGCCCUCCGCCACGCCGGCCUUUGGCACCCACGUGGUUGGCGGCAGCUUCAGCCGCAGUGGCCGUGACCAGGAGCGUGUGAAGGAGCCGGCCGGCAUGGCGGGAGCGGGCGUGGCGCGCGACAAGGCGCUGCGCAUGUCAACUGCGUCCGCGCUGACGGCGUUGGGCGGCCCGGACCCGCACGGCCCCGUGGACCGCAGCAGCCGGGGCGGGGGUGGGGGUGGGGGUGGGGGUGGAGGUGGCGCCGCAGUGGCGGGCGGCACCAGCCGGCGUGGUCUGCCGGUGCUGCCGCCCACGGCACGCACCGGCAGCUUCCGCAACUGAGGCGGCUAGGCGGACUCCUGGCUA